AUGCCUCGCUCGCACUCGCGGAAGGCAUGGAACCGGCAGCUCGUCGCCCAUUUCGAGGCGAAGGCCCAGGAAGCGCGCUCCAGGGGCGUUCAGUCGUGCUUUCAGUACAGCAAGGCAGCGGGCCUCAUCGCGGCCGUGGGCAAGGACAUCUGGGUGACGUCGACGGGCGUCCCGAAGAACCUGCCGAAGAAGCUGACAGACAGCAUGAAGGAGAUAUGCAGGAGGGUCAUGACGGGCGACGUCAGCCCGGGCACGCCGGCGGCGCGCGCCCGCACCCAGGCCGCGAGCACGAACACGCCGCUGGCGCCGGACUGGCAGAUCUACCUCAGCCGCAUGAAGUAUCGGUCAGGCCCCUACGCCAUCAUGAUGGCUUUCGACGGGCGCGAGCACACGCAGCUCACCAGGCAGGCUAUAAUUCGGGACGGCCAGGAGCAUUGCGACGAGGAGAUGGAGCCCAACUGGCACGCGGGCAGGACCCACGCCGCGUGGUCGAGCAUCAAGACGCUGGAGAACAAGGGCCUCGUGCUGCGGACGGAUCCGAGGGGCUUCUCGAGCAGCAGCGGCCGCUUCUGGAGGGCCACCAACUACUUCCAACUGACGGACGCGGGCAGGCAGUUCCUCGCGGCGCUCAAGCAGCGGUUCUCUGGCACGCCCGCGGGCGGCGUGUACGCGCCGUCGCCCGCGCCAACGGCGCCGCUGUCGAACAAGAGGCGCACACCCGCCACGGAGCUCCCUAACCAGGUCGCGCGGAAGGCCUUGCGCGACGCGUACCACUCGUCGCCCGGCGUGAGGCUCCCGGCACGGCAGAUGGCGGGCCUCAAGGCACUGGAGCGCGCCGGGGGGGUCGCGGGCGCCGGGGCGAGCGCCGCGCGGCGCCUGAACUUCGGCGGCGCGGUGGCCUCGGGCACCGCGGCGGGUUCGGCGGAGGUCGCAGUCGAGCUCCCGCCAGCCCCGUUCUACCGCGAGGGGGGCGGCGAGGGCCUCUGGGAGUGCCCGGCGUGCCUGUCGACGCAGGUGGAGAGCUGCACGGAGUGUGGGGGGUGUCCGGCCGCGACGAUGACGCACAUGGGGGCGAUGUACCAGGUGGUCAUGAAGGUGUUCGCGCGGGACGUGGGCGAACUGAUGCAGCGGCACCCGGGGGCGCGCGUGGUGGAGGGGGCGGGCGACGACGAGGAGAUGCCCGCGAUCGAGGAGGACGAGGAAUGGGUCGGGAUCGAUGAGGCGUUGCAGCUCAGCCUCGCAGAGGCGGGGGGGACGGGCGCGCGCAAAGAGGCGGUGGUGAUCGACCUCAGCGACGAGGACGGGCCGCGACGCACCGCGACGCCGCGACGCUCGCGACGUCAGGCCGCGGCCCGUGCGGCGGAGGUGAUCGACAUCGCGAGCCCGCCGGACGAGGACGUCGUGGCAGAGGUCCACGCGCUGCGAGCUGCCGGCCAGGACGUCAUCGAGAUCAAGGACGUGGAAUCACCGAGCAUCGACCUGGUCGCUCCGAGCGCCGAGCCGUCGCACGACACCCUGGGGAGCGAUCCCAUCGUUCUGGAGGACAGCGAGGACGAGGACGACGUCGCCGUCGUGCCCGCGGGGCCCGCCCGUCCGUCUCGGGAGCAGCGGCCGGCCCCCAUCAUGCAGCUCCAAGUCGACACCGCGGAGCGCGAGAGCAACGCCAGGGCCCGGCAGAUCCUCGACGGCCUGGAGCAGAACAUCGAGCACGUGACGCAGGCUGCGAGUCGCGCCAAGCGGCCGGGCGACAUGACCGUCGUCGAGCUCGCACUGAGCAACCUGGAAGUGAGUCGCGCGAAGCUGGCCCAGGGGGACUUCUGCUGGGGCGUUGCCAGCGGACAGGGGGACUCCAACGAGCCGACGUACAACCACACUCCGUUCGCGGUCGAACGCAAGGCCAUCCGCGACAUCGUCGGCCGCUCGGCCGCCAGCUCGGGCCCGGCACACCUGCCCGCGCACCUCGAGCAGCUGUCGCGCAUGGACAUCUCCGGUCUCCCGCACGGGUUCCUGCUGCUCGAGGGCGAUCCGCACGUGUCGGGCGAGUUUCAGAUCUUCGGCGUCCCGGCACCGCUGGCGGACUCGGUUCCCGGCCUCGUGCGCAGCGCCGACGACGUGUACGAGGUGUUCACGUCGCUCGCGGCGAGGGGCUCUCGCGUGCGCGUGCUGCGAUCCACUACGCCACAGACAUCGUGCGUCUCUGUGGUAGCGCUCUCCUGCUUCGUCGCGGCGUGGGCGUCGUCCCGUGAAGGAGCCAGCAGCGAGUACAGCUACAUGGGCAAGCGCAAGGCAGAUGCGCUGAGGAAGACCCUGAGAUCAUCUCUGGGCACUGCCGGUUUCACCGAGGAACAGGCGACGAUCACCACCGCGCGGUUCGGAUCAGUCGCGCGCCUCCUGGAGGCCGCAGAGAUGUGCGAGGACGGCAUGGCCGCGGUGAUGGUCUCCGAGCUCUCGGGGUGCAGCACGCGCGUUGCCGGUGACGCCCUCGCCCGUCUCGGGGCAGCGGAGCGCACUGCGCCUGCCGGGACUGGCCGCGGCGAACGACGCAGCUCGCUGUCACCAGGGGGCGGGUCAUCCGUGCGGGCGCGGCUGUCGCAGCUACAGCACAGAAUGAGCGGGACGGCGCCAACGCGCGGGGCGGGGACGUGCGCCGUCGGGGCGAGGACGCUCUUUGUUCACUCUGCAAGCGAGAUCCUCGACGUUGCGCGGGACGCCUGCAAGGAGAUCGUUGUUCCGGGCCAGGCGGAGCUGCCCGGGGAGGUCGCCGAGCCCGUCGAGUCCGCCGACAGGGGCCUGCGGCUGCAGGUGGCCACGCCGCGCGGAAGGUCUGCGGCGCUCCACGUGCACGUGUUGCCGGGCAAGGAGCUGCUUGCCGCGAUCCGCAGCGUUGCGUCUGAGCUCUGGAACUCAACGAAGGAAUUCGACAUGCUCGCCGUGGGACAGCGGGCUGCCGAACGCUGCCGCAAGCGCCUGCCAAAGGACACGUCAGUCUGCGACGGUGCCAUCGGCACGGUCCUGAUCGUCCAGUCGCUGGACACGGCGACGAACGCGUUUCGGAAGGAGGCCCCGUCGGGCCAAUGGCACAAGUGGCUGCUGGAGCACCUCGCGCACGUGAUCGAGGUGUGCUGCUUGUCGCUCAUGGGCGCGGCCAGCGACGGAGCACCCUCGUUGUUCGUCCUGAAGGCAAGGAACCGCCAAGAGACGCGCAAGAUCGUCUCAGCGACGUACAGGUCGAUGCUGCGGGAGGCCCUCGUGGUUCACGCUGCCGAGUGA